CUGUCAAAAGUGUCAAAACAUAAAUAAACAUUUUUUUUGUAUUGUAUUUUGUAUUGUUAAUUUUUUACAACAUGAAAGAGUUUGCGUAAUUUUCAAAAUGCAGAAAGAAAAUGAGGAUAUAAUAGAUAACAAUGAAAAUUCCGCAAAUGUGUGUUCCGGAUGUUUGAAUGUUAUUGAUGACGAAGAAAUAAUAUGUGCUCUAGAUCAAGAUUGGCAUUUAGAGUGUUUUCGAUGUUCAGCUUGUGAUGCCGCUCUAUCUAACUGGUAUUUUGAGAAAGAUGGAUUAUUGUUUUGUAAAUUGGAUUAUUACACCAGAUUUGGGGAGGCUUGUCAGCAAUGUACACAGGUUAUUACAGGACCUGUUAUGGUUGCUGGGGAGCACAAGUUCCACCCAGAAUGCUUUUGUUGUACUUCUUGUUGUUCCUUCAUUGGGGAUGGAGACUCUUAUGCCCUUGUUGAAAGAUCGAAACUUUUUUGUGGACAAUGUUAUAAGAGGCAAAUGCAACCUUUACAGAGGACGGCCAAGUUUCCAUUCACUAGAAAACCACAUUCAAUUAGGCUGGUUGAGAUACCCGGUGGUCAGAAAGGUCUGAAACUCUCUGAAGAUGUACUCAAUACUACGAAUAGUCAAUGCUUUACCAUAUCUGAGGUGAUUUGGAGGCUACAUGGAAAAUUAAUAAGGCUCGCUUUUGCUUUCCUAACAUCUGCUUUUAAUCUCUGCUGUAAUUUUUUACCAUCUUAUACUCGGUUAGAUGUGAAUAAUGACCUAAUGUCCCUACAUGUGGGUGAUAAAAUUUUGGAAAUUAACGGUACUCCCGUAAGAGAUACCCCAUUAGAAAAGGUAGAAAAUCUUCUGAAAUACUCCGAUUCAGUAUUACAAUUGACAAUAGAGCAUGAUCCAGACAGUAUAUCGAAGAAAUUCCUGAAAACGAGAACACCAUUGAAUUUACCUCUCACAACGACAUCCAGCGAUACGAAUAUUCCAGACAAAAAGUCCACGAUUCCUUUAGAUGUUAGAUCUUUAGGAUCGUCUGAUUCAAUCUGUGACGAUAACUUCAAUGUACAACAGGGAAAUUGCACUUUGACUCCGGAAUUCAACAGAGGUAAUAAGGAAAUAACUAAUAACAAAUCUCCCAAUGCGAGGAACGAAACCAAGGAAAGAUUGUUCAAGAAGAGGGACGAGGGUUAUAUGAGCGGUACAAGGUCGAGACAGUUGAAAAGGAAAACUAAUCUGUGCGACAAUAAACAAUCGUUGGAUAAGGAAAGAAGUUCGUCUAUGAGCCGGCUGUUAGAUGACACCCCGAACUCCAAGAGGUGCCAAGAGCUGUCCAGGGCCUAUUCGUUUUUAGAACCGAAACCCCAACAGAGAGUUUUCCGAGCUUCCGAUCUAGUUAAAGGGGAAUUACUGGGGCAGGGAUUUUUCGGGCAGGUUUUUAAGGUUACCACCAGGGAUACGGAGGAGGUUAUGGUGCUGAAGGAGCUGUAUAGGGUGGACGAGGAAGCGCAGAAAAAUUUUUUAAAAGAGGUGGCUGUGCUUCGGAAUUUGCACCACAACAACGUGUUGCGCUUCAUAGGCGUCCUGUAUAAGGAUAGGAGGCUCCACUUGGUCACCGAGUAUAUUUCUGGGGGUACUCUCACCGAUCUUAUACACGAUAUCAAUCAACCGUUACCGUGGGAGCAAAGGGUAUCUUUCGCCAAGGACAUAGCUGCCGGCAUGGCUUAUCUACACUCCAUGAACAUCAUUCACAGGGAUCUGAACUCCCACAAUUGUCUGGUGCGUGAAGAUAAAACUGUGAUAGUGGCUGAUUUCGGACUGGCAAGGAUCGUAUCCCAUAAUACGGAUAGUGUGGGUAGAAGAAUGUCCCCCAAGGGUACUCCAGCAUCUAGGAAACAAGAGAGGAAAAAGAGGUACACUGUUGUGGGGAAUCCGUACUGGAUGGCACCGGAAAUGAUGAAAGGGAACAAGUACGACGAGAAGGUCGAUAUUUUCAGUUUUGGCAUCAUAUUAUGCGAGAUUAUCGGGAGAGUACAAGCGGAUCCAGAUUUUUUACCACGUUCCAACGAUUUCGGAUUGAACCAAAUGACAUUCAAGGAGAAAUUCUGCGUGUCGUGCCCUGAACCUUUCUACAAAGUGGCUUUUUUGAGUACCGAUCUGAAUCCGGAUAAAAGGCCACCGUUUGAAGUGAUGGAGGUCUGGUUGGAAUCCCUCCUAAUGCACCUUUCCGUCGGAAUGCCCCUCCCUCCGGAUCUCCUCUUCGACAUCUGUAAUUUCAGAGGGAUCAGUCCCAGUUCGUCGGGGAGCACCACACCGGAGGGUAUACCAUCGGGGCACAGGAGCCCAGCUUUGGAGCCCAUCUGCGAGGGUAAAAUGAUAGAUACGACCAACUCCAAGAAGUUAAACGAUAAAUGUAGUGAGGAGAAUUUAUCGGGAAAGAAGGAUUACAGUUUCGUCAAACCGAUCAUAAAAGUUUCUAGCACUGAUACGCUGGACGAUAAGAAUCCGUACAAAAACGACAAUUUUCACACGAAAAGUUGCGAGGACAUAACCUCCGAUACAAGCCCUUCAGAGCUAAACUUUGACCGGAGGAAGAAUACUCAAGCGGUUAAAAAAAUGGAAGAUUUUCAGUACACUGAUUUAUCCCCAACAUCCGACUGCAAACCUGGGGGUUUCCCCAACUACGAAAACAUCAAUUUCUUGAAGAACGACACAGUUUUCAAUGAGAAAAUUGAAAAACCCAUAUGUAUACAAAAAGUACAGACCGAAGUUUUACAGGAGAAAACGUCAACAGAUAGACCGGACGAAAUACUCAAUUCCAAAGUGGAUAACCAAAACAAAGACAGUAUCUUCAAGGUACAACUGAGAAAAGUCCCCAAAAAUUUCACCAGAAAUAAAUUCUCACCCGGUUCAUCGGAAUCCACAACUCAGGGACCAGUCAAAGACAAGAUCAAAUUGUUGAGCAAAAAGAGCAUACCCGACAUCUCCAGCCCGAAAAAAAGCAACUUAAGCUUGCAAAACAUGAAUUUAAACGAUGAUUCUGCAUCUAAAGUGACUGAAAAAUUUGUCAACCCUUCGGGAAGUGACAGUCUUCAACCGACAAGAUCGAUAAAUGUGGUGGGCUUGGACAUCCCGGACAUAGUGUCCUCGACCAUCAUGAAGAGUUUCAGCCCAAUCGUCAGAGACCGUAAAAACAAGUCGAUGCCCGAUUGUGAGGUCAAACGGUCUACCAUUUUUCCCAGUAGCUUAGGCGGUACUUUCAGUAUUAAUCGGAAUAUAUUCAAGAAGAACGAGCAACUGAAGAAUCCUCGAGAGAGUGAGUGUAAUCGGGUUGGGGGUGCGGUUAAGAGUAAGGUUAGGGAGAAAAGUGGUCCCCAGGGGAGUUCGAGUGAUGUAAACGUUUGUGAUAUUUAUGAGCCUUCGUGUAGUUUAACCGGUGGUACUAGUUUAGUGAGAAGCAUCGUCGAUAGUCUGAAUAGGAAGGAUAAGGGGUCUUUGAGUUUGGGGGAGAGACUGAGUUACGGCAGGAGUUCUUUGAAGAAUCCCACGAGGGGUAAAAGUAAUUUCGGUAGUUCUAAAGAGUAUACGGCUUUAUAAGCGGCUGACAAAACCCGAAUUGAUCUGUUGAGAAUCUAGUGAGAAUAAAUAAAAAAUAACAGUCUAUAUCUCAUCAAAUCAAGGAAAAUUUUGAAUUGAGAUAUGGCUUAGUAUGUUAAACCGCCUAAAAAUAAAAAAAAUAAUCAAAUGUGAAUAGUUCAGUAUUCAAUUGGUGCUCGCAUUCCAAACUUUGAUCAGCGUUGUUGAGAACUCUUUUUUAUUCCACCUCUACGGUAUUAUUUUCUGUACAUUGUUGAAUUCUAAAAUGUAGUAUAUAAAAGCAGAAUUUUAAAUUGUGUAACUUGAUUUUCAAGUACGAAUAACCAUUCCAGAAUUAUUAAGUUUGAACAAAUGUCGCAAGUUUGAGUAAUAAUUUAAUGUUGAAUAGUUUUGGAACUUCACUGAUUGUUCUGUGAUAAGUCGAAUCAAUUUCGGACCGCUCGAUUUUUGUGGUUUGAGCGGUUGUGGAAAAUGACAAUUUUUAUACUCGAAUAAUUUGUAUUAUACGACUCAUUGUUGUGAAGUUCUGAUGACAUUCCAAUUUUUGUAUAUAAGAGGAUAUUGAUUCUUUAGGUAUACAUUUUUUAAUAAACGGUUUAUGUUAA